AUGCGCUUUUUAUCAAUAGCUUUAUUACUUUUCUUUGCAGUUGCCAUUUGCGAGCAACAGGAUAUCGAAGUGAAUGCUGAACAAAGCACUCUGAAUCAGCCUUCACAGGAAUCAGUGUUUGAUGUACAUUUGCAGUGGUACUCUGACGAAUAUGUCGUUCCGAAGGUCAAUUGUAAGCUGGAAUUCCUGGAAACCUUCCAGGGUGACAGUGGCCGAUGGUUGUACAGCUACCACAACGAGUAUGCGACGCAAUCCUGGAUCUGGGGUUACGGUUUUGUCCGCCCAACUCUGGACUGUGACAAGGCGCUGAUCACGGAGAACCCGGCAUCUCAUUACGGAAUUGCAACCCUUUUCGAUAAGCCUAUUGAUGUGACUGAAAAGGAUCUGAUUGUGCAAUACGAAGUGCGAUUCCAGCGAGGUCUUGAGUGUGGCGGUGCCUACAUCAAGCUUCUGCGGAACGGGGAGAUCGCCUCAGCGGAAGACUUGACAAGCAGCACUCCGUACGUGCUAAUGUUCGGCCCCGACUUCUGCGGCCCCACAAACCUUGUCCAGGUGAUCAUUCCGCACUACAACCCCGUCAGCAAAGAGUGGAGCGAGAAGCGUCUUCGCGGCGGUCCGCGCAUCGUCCACGACAACCUAACGCACCUCUACACGCUAAUCAUCCGCCGCGACGACUCCAUCGAGAUCCUCAUCGACCAGAUCAACAAGUUCACCGGCGAUCUCAAGACCGACUUCGACCCUCCCUUCUCCUCCCCGGCCACCAUCCCCGACCCCACCGACUCCAAGCCUGCCGACUGGGUCGAGAACGACCGCAUUCUGGACCCCACCGACGUCAAACCCGCCGACUGGGACGAGUCCGAACCGGAGUUCAUUCUCGACGAGGCCGCGGUCAAGCCUGCGGACUGGCUGGACGACGAGCCGCUGGAGAUCCCGGACCCCGCGGUGAAGGCGCCCGCGGACUGGGACGAGGAGGAAUACGGUCCGUUCGAGGCGCCGCUGAUCCCGAACCCGCGCUGCGAGGAAGUGAGCGGCUGCGGCGUGUGGGAGAAGCCGAUGGUGAAGAACCCGAAGUACAAGGGCGUGUACCAGUACCGAACCAUCCCCAAUCCCGCGUAUCGCGGUCCCUGGAUGCCGCGGUUCAUUCCGAACCCUGCGUUUUAUGAGGAGAAAGCGCCGCACAAUCUGCCGGCGAUCGGCGGCGUGGCGAUCGAAAUCUGGACGCUGCAGGAGGGAAUCGCGUUCGAUAACAUCCUGAUCACGCACGACGAGGCGUGCGCGGAGGCGUUCUCGGACGCGACGUUCUUGAAGAAGCGGAAGAUAGAGCUGAAGGAACAUCCGGAAGCCAAGCGGAGAGAAAGCAUCCCCAUCGCGGAAGGGUCCAAGAAGGCCGAGGAAUUGGUGGAGGAGGACGACGAGUUUGACGAGGAAUGGGUGGAGAAAACGCGAGCGCGCGUGAGUUUCACGCGGUUUGUGAAUGAUUUGAUCGAUGAAGCGAUGGGGUGGGAGUUCGAUCAGGAUCGGUUCGAGAAGGUGGAGAAGGGAAUGAUUGUUGGUUUGGUGGCGCUUGUUCUUGUGGUCUUGGGGGUAUAUUACCGGAAUCGGGAGUUUAUUCGCAAAGCGAAGUUGCUGUAGGGAACGCGAAUUUCUGGCUUGGGAAUC